AUGACGCCUGCGCGCGGCAGAACAAAAGCACGCUUCUGGGCAGGGGAUGAGGAGAUGGCCAAUAAAAAGGACGACGACCUUCACCUCCCAGGGCAUCGCUAUCAUAACUCGGGAUCUGGUCCUCAAUGGCAGGCUACGCCGCGUGCUCCCCGCCGUAGCUCCGUCGGUCGCCUUAUUUCAUACCUAGUCUUGAUAUCGAUCGUCUUCCUCAUAAUAUACAAUUUCAUAUCGUCCCCCGAUAGCUCGACCGAUGCGGCAUCAGAGAGGUCUGCGCCGGGGCGCAAACAAGGACAGGACAAGGUCUACCACAGGGGACCCCUCAAAUUCCCAGAGCUCGCAGAGACGUUGCGCAAUAUUCAAGGGACCGGCGGCGCUUACGAGAGGAACAAGAACAUUCUAUUCGCUGCCUCCAGUAUCAACAGCGCCUCUACUCUGCUGCCAAUGGCUUGCCAGAUGUCGGCGCAAGAAAAGAACCAUGUUCAUUUUGCGCUUAUGAGUAGGGAAGAGAUCCCCAUCAAGGAACUCCUCGAGAUAAACGGCAUCGACAAGAGCGACAGGAGCUGCAAGAUAUAUGUACACGUCUAUAUUGAAAACUUCAUGCACCCUCAAGCAAUUAUUGUUGACUCUACUCAGAAGGAAGAAGAUUACUUCCUCCAAGCCAUACGGGAUCAGAUCACUGGGACGAAGUCUGCUCUUAUAGAGCUGCCAGAAAAGCCAGAAACUCGUCUUGCGUGGAUUUCCAAGCUUGAUGCUUCAGCAUUGGCUGCCUGGAACAAGGUGCAUUUCGACAUAUUAGUUCAGGCACCUCCGAUUGGUACAGCCAAUCUACAAAGACUCCUCACCUCGCUGCGCAAGGCCGAUAAGAGUGCCCUGUCGGUUCCCCAGCUUACAGUCGAGCUGCCUCCGGUUGUAGAAAAGCCAUUGGAGAACUUCUUGUCUGGUUUCCAUUGGCCCUCCAAGGCUUCUGGUCAGCUCCCUCAAUCGCAGAUGCUCUCUCUUCGUCAUCGAAUAUCAUCACGGAAGAUGGAUGAGGAGGAGAGCUCAGUCCGAUUUCUAGAAUCGUUCUGGCCAAGCAAGCCCUCGCACAACCAUGUGCUUGUCUUGGCAGCUCACACUGAGGUCUCACCUCAAUUUUUCAACUAUGUGAAAUACACCCUUCUUCAUAGCCUAUACUCGCACUCUUCCAUUCUUCAGGACUGGAAUGAGAACAUCAUGGGCAUCAGUUUCCACUCUCCCAGCACUCUUCUUGAUGAUACAACACCCCUAACAGUCCCGCCAGCUGAGGGCACGGACGAAAAGAGCGGUUCAAGUCCCUUCUUUUGGCAGGCCCCAACUAGCAAUGCUGUUCUGUUCAUGGGAGACAAGUGGGUUGAGCUGCAUGGCUAUGUGUCACGCAUUAUAGAAAAGCGACAAACAGGAACAGAGACGCCAGCCUUCUUAGCUAAGAAGAGCACGAGCAAGAAACAUCCGGCCUGGUUGGAGUAUGUACUUCAGCUAUCACAGCUUCGGGGGUAUGUGACUCUGUACCCGAGACCGGAAACGGCGAGCACUAUAUUGGGGGCACACAGCGACCUUCCCAACACUCCAGAGGAGUACUUGGGCGAAGGCGAUGAAAAUGAUAAGACCAGAGAGGCAGACAGUGCAACGUCAAAGUUCGACCCAGCAUCCCCAGUCGAUAUGCUCACAACAUUACCUCGUGAAGGUGACCUACUGGCAUUAGGUGACUUACCACUCGUUUCCUGGGAUGGAAAAUCAACAUCACUCGCAGAGCUUGAAACGACCUCAAUAGAGCUUACAAAACAAUUCCGUCAAGAGGUUGGCGGGUGUCCACCGAGCGCCAUAAACGACGAGGACGAGUUUGGGCAGCCGAGGCGCAACAAAGACGCCAGUGAUCUCUUUUGUAAAAACAAGGGCACAGCCAGUGCAGAUAUAGCGACUGAAGCCAAAGGCAUCAAGGAAACAGCAUAA